AUGGGGCAGCCUCAGUUCCUUGCCAGCAGCCAGGUGCUGGUAUGGACAGACGCACACCCCAAGGGCUGCCCUGGCCUGCUAGGGACCUGCGGCCUCCGAGCUCAAGCACCUGCCUACAUCCCCAUGAAUUAUUACUAUGGCAACGUUUAUGACUACGGCUUGACACGUGUUGUGGGAGGCACAGGUGCCGUAGAAGCAACCUGGCCCUGGAUCGUCAGUUUGCAGCACCCCUGGUCACCACACCUGGGACAUUACUGUGGAGGGACUCUCAUCACCUCAGAGUGGGUCCUCACAGCAGCCCACUGCUUCGAUGUGUUCAAUAACAUCAGCAUGAUGUAUGUGGUGAUUGGAGCCACCCAGUUCACUCAGCUGGGCCCUGGUGCACAAGUGCGCAGUCUCAAGCAGGUGGUGUUACAUCCAUACUACAAUCCUGACGACUUCAGCUAUGAUAUCGCCCUGAUGCAAUUGGACCAUCCUGUCCACUGCAGCCCCUACAUCCAGCUGGCUUGUGUGGCUCACCCCAAUCUAGUGUUCUCAGAGCUCAGCAACUGCUGGGUGGCCGGCUGGGGUGCCGUCACUGCAAGAUCUGAAGAUUCAAGUGAUCGCCUCCAGGAGGCCAAGGUCAAGCUCAUCGAUCUGCAGCUCUGCAACAGCAGUGACUGGUAUGCAGGGGGCAUCCACCCCCACAAUGUGUGUGCUGGUUACCCACAGGGCAACAUUGACACCUGCCAGGGUGACAGCGGUGGUCCUCUCAUGUGCCAGGACGUCAAUGAUGCGCACUGGUGGCUUCUUGGAGUGACCAGCUUUGGAAAAGGCUGUGCCAGGGCAAUGAGGCCUGGAGUCUACAGCUCCACUCAGUACUUCUACGACUGGAUCAAUUACAACAUGCAUGGAGGCACAGUUCAAAUCUGGGACUUUCCCCCUGAACAAAUUCAGAACCCAGAUGAGGCGGAAAAAUACCUGAAAGAGAAGUGCCAUGAUAACUCCAAGGAGGAAAAGAUCCUUGCAGUGAGCUGGUCCCUGGCAUAUGCUUAUCGCACUCUGCUAGAUACUGACCUCCGUGGUCUAAGAAAGGAUUACACUCGACGACCUGAUGAGUCUAUAAUUAGUUGGUUGGUCCGUCUUUGGGAUGCUGCAGGCGAGGCUACAAUUCUGGACGGCACUGAAGCGAGGCAUUUGGGAUCCCUGUCACAUGAUCCUGUCAUUGACCAAGGAAUGAUGAGGGGGACUAACCCUCACAGCCUCUGGGCACGGGUCCUGGACAGUGUAGCACAAAGAUACCUGUGUGCAGACGAUCUCUAUAUGCAGCAGACACAGUGA